AUGAGCGUAUUAGCUUGCAUUGGACUCCUCUUGGUGCUGGCUGUUGCCCAGGCCGUUGGACACGGAAAUCACCAUGGGCACUUUCACAUCCACCGUGGUGUCUCUGGAGCCCCAAUUGUCAAAAGAGCGACCGCGGCUGGAAGGUCCAACAUCUUUAUCGACGACACCACCUGUGCGGGGCUAGUGGGAGGACUGUCCCAAAUCUUCGACAAUGUUUUGACGGUGGUGCGUAUUGCGCGACUGCGGCGCAGAGCGCAAUCCCCGGCCUGGAGAGCGCCCCUGGGAAAACCCCGCAGCGAGCUUUCCGCAAAUGAAAAAUCCAAAGUCGAUCUUUUCACGGUGUUAUACGGUUACUUUGACACGCAAGACCUCGGUGAAUUGUACAUUGCGAAACAGAAGCUCGAUAACAUCACCAACUUCCUCGACAGAUAUGUUGCCGCGUUGUCAUCCAACAGCUUCCAUCUGGAUGUGUACUGUAACGAAAACGUUUGGCGCAAUACUGGUGUCCAAGAUGACGAGGGGGACUAUUUUGUGACAAUCUGUUCGGACGCCUGGGACGGAUGGAACGAGCAACUGCCGGCGAGGAGGGCUGGAGGCUACAGAGGGUUGGGGGCAGAGGACUUGGAUGAGGUCCUCGACAACAGCCCUGAGCCUACGUUCAUCCAUGAAUUGACUCACGUGAAAUCGCUGUUUGGUAAAACCGGAAUUAUGAGUGAGUGA